AUCAUCUGUCGUGUUUUCGGCUUUGACUGUAGGCCUUAAGUAGGCUAUUUUGUGCUGUUUACAUCUGAGGGCACAUGGCUGCAGCCCCUCCCCCUUCCGGGCUCUUCCAGACCAAGCCAAAAUAUGUGUAAGUCUAUCCGGAGCCGUGCCUUGAGCGGACGGCCUGUGCUAUUUAAAAGUGCGCUCAUGGGGCAGGGGGCCUCGCGGUACCGCUGCUGACGGAGGGUCCUAGCCCGCUGUUUCUCAUGUCUUUGCCGGUUGUGCUCCCGGGCUCGUGUUGUCCUGCUGUCGGCUCCUCACACGUCGAGUCCUCGCACAGACAGCGGCCCCGGAGCUUGUGGUGUUCGCGCGCGGAUGGCGCGGCCUCGUCACGGCCGCUGCCCGGGCGACCGCUGCUGUCCCUGGGCUUGUUGCAGCUGCUGCUCGGCGGUUCUAUGGUUGCAUUGUCCUACGGAGCUCUGUCCCUGAGCAGUUCCGCUCCCGUACGAAACUCCUGCCCGUUCUGGGCCGGCUCCUCGGUCAUCCUGUCCGGCAUCGUGGGGCUGCUCACCUGGAGAAGACCCAUGCUGCUCAUGGUCAACAUGUUUGUGCUCCUGUCAGUGGUGUGUGUCCUCCUCAGUCUGGCUGGCUUCGUCCUGUGCUGUCAGGGAGCUCAAAUGGUGUCCAACAUGAGCAGCUGCCAGCAGGUGGGGGACAUGUGCUACUGCUGCCUGCUGGCACGGACCUCCAAAUGCCCAGAGGACAAGUUGCUGGAGCUGCAGCCAGCACAUUCCUGCACCACCAUGAAGAUCCUGCUCAAGAAGAUGAUGUUUGCGUUGUGUGCACUCAAUGCUCUGACCACAGCUGUGUGUCUGAUGGCGGCUGCUCUAAGAUACCUGCGCCUCUUCAGCACGAGGACAUCCUGCCUGGAUGAACCCAGACACCCAGCGGAGGGGGAGGUGCCUACUCUGGAGCCUGACCCGGAUGAGUUUGUGCCCCCAGCCCCACCCCCUUCUUACUUCUCCACCUUCUACUCCUACACCCCGCAGCUGGCCCGACGUGUGCUCAGAGAUGGUGUCAUCCCUCUGCCUCACAUCUACGGCGCUCGCAUCAAGGGCGUGGAGGUCUUCUGCCCACUGGACCCUCCCCCUCCAUACGAGGAAGUGGCAGGAGGCGGGGCUUCAGCUCAGGAGCCUGACUCCAGGAGCCCAGGGGCCACCUCGUCAGCUGAUCUGUCUUCAGAGGAGCCCAGAGGGAUGGGACCCCUGGAGCUCCCCUCAGCCGGGCCCCUAGACCGGGCCCCAGAGCCAUCUCCCUCAUUGGCGUGUGUUCGGAGGAAGGCCAGGCUCUCCCGCAGCAGCAGUGACCCUGUACUGACAGAAGACCCAUGUAAAGGGUGGAGCAGUGAGCCCCCCACUGUGCCCCACACUGUGGACUCCUCCACCCAGACAUCACAGCCCAUCUUACCCACUAAGGUAACUCUGCGACGAGGCUGUGGAACCCGAGCAGCUCCACGGCCCCGGCCCUCUUCCAUGGUGGACUACCAGAGCUACAGGUACACCCAGCUGCUAGUGCAGAGGAUCCUGGAGCAGCCGGCCCAGGGUCUGGCCCCAGAGCUGCAGGAGCUGGUGGACAGUAUCCGCACUGUUCUGCGCUCUGACCAGGAGCACAUGGAGGAGGCAGUGCGCUGUGCAGGCUUCAUGGAUCAGGUGCUGGUGGACUCAGAGAGGAGGUCCAGUGUGCAGCCUGUCCCCAGCACGUCCCAGACCUUCCCCCGGCCCCCCUCGCGCAGGACGGCCCUGCUCCACCUCCAGAGCUGUGGGGACCUCAGCUCUGUGGCCUGCCCCUCCCUGGACUCUCUGAAAAGGGGGGCCAAGAAAACAGGAGCAUCCAGACCGGAGCGCCACAGCCUGGCCACGGUGUCCAGAGAGACAGCCCUCUGAGGGGCCUCUGUGUGACAGCACAGCAGAGCACAAUCCAGAUACAGCUAUUUAUUUAUAAUAUUUGCAAACACGUGCAAUAGUUUUGAUAGUUAUUGCACAAUAUGUAUAGAACAUUU